AUGGCGCUGUGCGGAGCUAAGGCGCUGCGUUUCCUGGGGCCCAAUGUGUACUCAGAGGCCCCCGAUGGAGGCUGGGGGUGGGUGGUGGCAGUUGCUUUCUUCAUCGUGGAAGUCUUCACGUAUGGCAUCAUCAAGAGCUUUGGCAUCUUUCUCCAGGAUGUGAUGGAAGAAUUCGACGAGACCAACAGUCGGGUCUCUUGGGUCGUUUCCAUCUGUGUGUUUGUCAUGACCUUCAACGGUCCUCUCUCCUCGGUGAUAACUAACCGUUUUGGCUUUCAGUUUGUUGUUAUGAUUGGAGGAUUGCUUAUUUUCAUCGGCACCAUUGCAACCAGCUUUACAAGCUCUGUCAAUCAAAUAUACAUCACAUAUGGAUUAGUUGCAGGUCUAGGCUACUGUUUGACCUUCCUGCCCACUGUGACCAUCCUUUCGAAGUAUUUUACACGUCGGCGGUCCUUGGUCACUGCUGUGGCCUCCACCGGAGAGUCCUUUGCUAUGUUUGCCCUGGCUCCAGCAUUUUCUGUGUUGCGAGAUCUUAUUGGCUGGCGACACGCUAUGGCGGUGAUUGGAGCUCUGCAAGGCGUCAUCAUCAUGUGUGGAGCGCUGCUUCGACCUAUCAUCAUCAAACCCAUGGCGACCCACAGCCCACAGGCUGACACAUUGUCCGCCAAGGAGCUGGAAGCCCUCCGGACGCAGGAGACUGUACAAAGUAUAGACCUAGACAAUUCUGUGACAAAAAAUGACGAGUUCACUGGAGUGUCUGUGAGUACUGCAGACGUUCAGUUCCUUAAGGACAGAAGCGCCUCGGAGGAGACUAGUUUGUUGCACAAAGAAGCAAAAUUAUAUGCAGGGUUCAAAUAUCUGGAGAACAGUAAGGUAGACGAUAAAGAAUCAGAAGAGGAGAAAACAAACAUGGAUGCAGAGAAGCAAGUGGAGAAAAAUGAGGAGACUGAGACUGGAGAAAAGAAGCUAUCUGCAAAUAGUCCUCCCCUCCUCGACUUCUCCAUCCUCAGAGAGUGCAGCUUUAUCUUCUACUCUCUGUUUGGACUGUUCGCCACUCUGGGCUUUUUCGCCCCUCAGCUCUACAUCAUCGAGCUGAGCGUGAGUCGGGGAGUGGAGCGGGAAAGAGCCACCUACAUGCUCUCCACCAUGGCUGUGGCUGAAAUCCUGGGCCGCUUCUUCAUCGGGUGGGUGCUGACACGAAAAAUGUUCAGGAGGAGGAAGCUCCUGGUUCUCCUGGCGUGUGUUGUGGUUCUGACCUUGGAUCUGGUGGGGUUUACCUUGGUGGCAGAGUUUUGGGGCUUGGCUGUGUGUUGUGGAUUGUAUGGGUUUUUCAUGGGGACCCUGGCGUGCACCCACAUCCCCAUGCUGGCUGAGGAGGACGUGGUGGGCAUAGAGAGGAUGUCUUCAGCUGCUGGAGUCUAUGUGUUCAUUCAGAGCUUUGCUGGACUGGCUGGACCACCACUUGGAGGCGUGCUGGUUGAUGUGACCCAGAACUACGGAGCAGCCUUCUACUCUUGUGCAGCUGGCAUGGGUCUGAGCGCCCUGUUCCUGGGUUUGGUAAAACCUGCUAAAAAAGGAAUAUUCUGCCGGAGGGGAAGUGUGAAACAUUCUGUAGACCUACCUGAAAGGGAUGCCAAAUGCAAGGAAGAGAGUGGCGAGCAUAAAUCAGAACACAGAACUAAUCAUGUAAAAAACUGAAGAGUCAGAAGACAAACUGGAAAACAGCUGAGGAGGAGCUGUCAAGGAGGAUCCAUUAGUGAUGUGUGAUAAAAAGUGAUGUACCAGUAAAUAAGGGUUUGAGGCAACCAAAGAGCUGCAGUGACCUGGAUACAGUAAAGAAAAUGACCAAUAUUUCAUAUAUCUUUUUUAUGAGAGCAAACAUUUACAUUGUGCCUUAAAUACAUGAGUCACCAAACAGUAUCUCUGCUAGAAUCAUUGUUACAAACAUUAAAAAGGAUGUUUUUUGGAUUUUUAAUUAAAAAUCACUUUGAGUGAGACGUACGAAUGUAUGAGUUACUGUGCUGUUAAAGAGAGAUCAGUCACUAAAAAUGACCUGAUGAUGGUCAACAUGAUCACUGACGUUAAAAAGAGCUGCUAAAAGACAACCUGCUGCACAAUCUAUAACACUAGCUUUAGGGGAAGAAAAAAAAAAAACACAGGAGAAGGUGAGUAAAACUCAUUUUUAAUCAAACUGUUGCCAAACUUUAAAUGCCUUUUU